AUGAAGCUAUCCGGCAUGUUCCGAAUCGGCUUUGUCGCAGCUAUCGUCACUGCGCUCAUCCUGCUUCCAAGCUGCAUCACUGCCGUUGGCGACGAGGCGAGUACCUCGACUAGACCCCAAUAUCGUCUCAAAGAAUACCAGAAAAACCUCAAUGUCGAAACCAUCAAUAGUUUGAACGAUCUCAGCCGGUUCCCCCAAGGGACACACGAUAUUUAUGAAAAAGUCCCCUUUUAUCACGGAAAACUUUUCUUGGACCACAGUAGCCAUGACGAACAAUCUCAAGUAAGAGCUCCCUUGUACUCCAUUGACACUCCCAUUGGAACGGUCCAACAGGCCAUCAAAGACUUUAAAUUUGUUGGAAUUGUCGAUGUCUCCAAUAACAAUGCGAGACUGUUCCAAUUGGUCGUGGACAAAUCCGGAAAUCGCAUCGAACAAAUAGAGUUUCCAGAUAGACAGAAGGUGGUUCGGCUCUUCGAACUUGAUCCUAUUCUGCAUCAUGUUCGGAAUUUGUUCCGAUCUCAACUUUCCAUGCAGCCUCCUCCGGAAAACAUCGAACACCUACCACAUUUCAAUGGAAAGCCCAUCCUCAGCCAAGACUCUGAAAAUAUCGGCCAAUUGUUCACUGCCACCCGCAUCCCCCCGCAUGAAGUUUACUACUUCGAAAACGAAAAGCUACCCAUAGUCUUCAAACCCAACACAGACGAGAUGUUUGAAGAAGUUAAGGAGCAAGAACUUUACAUGGCUCGUGGCCACUAUCUGGCCGCCAAGCAGAAAUACGGCCAAGAAAUCGCAUCUAUAAUCUGGGGCAAGCCUAUCCAACUCAAUGAUAAUUCCAACGACAGACUGAAGUCGCGUAUUCCACUGCGAGACUAUCCGCGGUUUAAAUCUGACGCUCCGAUAAAUGAAAUGGUGGCGGCACUGCAGCAACACGGACGCUUCCGCGUAUACAAAAUGACAGAUCAUGGACGCAGAGUUGCAUACAAAGUAUUGGUGGAUAAUCCUGGCAUGACAAGCCAACCUAUGCAGGUCUCUAUUAAACCACUCACCAAGUUCGAACGUGGUCAGGAGAGAAUCAUGGCUUUAUCUCGCCUGAUCAGAUUGCCUGGAUGA